AUGCCUUCCGUAAUGGAAAAAUCAGGGAUCCUGUCCAGAAGCCGGUCCAAGUCAGCCACCAAUGGCAACCACCAGAACUCGGAAGAUGACAGCAGUGAAGAGGAACACUCCCACGACAGCAUGAUCCGUGUGGGAGCGGAUUACCAAGCUGUGAUUCCAGAGUGCAAACCAGAGAGCCCAGCUCGCUACAGCAACAAGGAGCUGAAAGGGAUGCUAGUUUGGUCUCCAAACCAUUGCGUCUCCGAUGCCAAACUGGACAAAUAUAUCGCCAUGGCUAAGGAGAAGCACGGCUACAACAUAGAGCAGGCUCUGGGGAUGUUGCUGUGGCACAAGCACGAUGUGGAGAAGUCCCUGGCCGACUUGGCCAAUUUCACGCCAUUCCCCGAUGAGUGGACAGUGGAGGACAAAGUCUUGUUUGAGCAAGCUUUCAGCUUCCAUGGCAAGAGUUUUGCUCGAAUCCAGCAGAUGCUUCCUGAUAAGCUGAUCCCCAGCCUGGUGAAGUAUUAUUACUCCUGGAAGAAAACCCGGAGCAGGACCAGCGUGAUGGACCGGCAGGCCCGCAAGUUGCUUAGCAAGAAGGAAAAGGAUGACAGUAAUGAUGAACUGGAGGAAGGACGGCAAGCUAGUGAGGGUGAAUUUGAUGCAAUGGAUCCCAAGAAGGAGCCUAGUUACCAGAAGCCACUGAGCAACAAGCCCGGGCCUGUGAAAAAGGAGGUGCAACUGUCACAGUAUCGGCACCACCCGCUCCGUGCUCGCCGGCGUCCUCCCAAGGGCAUGUACCUGAGCCAGGAGGACAUUACUGGCCUGUCUGCCAGCCCAGACAUGGCUGCUCUCACACUGCGGCACUUGGACUCCCAGCUGGUUUCCCUCAAGCGCCAGGUACAGAGCAUCAAGCAGAUCAACAGCAGCAUGAAGCAGGCGCUAGAAGGAGGAAUCGACAAACGGCGGCCACCUGAGACAAACAUCAAGUUCAAUUCACGCUGGACAACAGAUGAACAGCUGCUGGCUGUGCAGGCCAUCCGAAAAUACGGCAAAGACUUCCAGGCCAUCGCAGAGGUGAUUGGCAACAAGACGGUGGCCCAGGUGAAGACUUUCUUCGUCAGCUACCGGCGCCGUUUCAACCUGGAGGAGGUGCUGCAGGAAUGGGAGGCUGAGCAGGAGGGCGUGGGCCCAGCUGCCCCCCAAGGCAGCUCCCCUUCCCAGGACCAAAAGAGCUCAAGUGCUUCGUUAGCGAGCAGCGAGGAAGAAGAUGAGGUACAGAUCACUGCCGUAUCCCAUUCAUUGCAGCAGCAGCAACCGCCGCCGCUCCCCCCUCCACCGCCCCUGCCAGCCUCCCCGCGCCCCCCGCCAGCUGCCCUCUCACAGCCACCCCCCUUGCUGAGACCCACGCUUCCAACAGGACCCACACUGCACCGCCAACCCCCUCCGCUGCAGCAAGGCCGCUUCCUCCAGCCCAGACUGUCGCUCAACCAGCCGCCACCCCCGCUCAUCCGGCCAGCCGCCUCGCGAGCGCCACCCCGGGGAGGCCAGCAUCCCCCUUCGCUCCUUGGCGGGGUAGGAGAGCCACCUCCCCCCUCCUCCAGCUCCCUCUGAGGAGGGGUGUCAGCCUUCGUUUUAGCCAUCUGGGAGCCUCGCUCCACAACAGUCACAGCUGGGGUUGGCACAACCCUCCUCCCCCGCGGCACAGAGAGGUGUAUCUGCUGCGGUGGUGAUGAAAAGAAGGAGCACGACAGAAGAGGGGGUUUCAUGUGCCCACUUGUCAUCUGACCCAGCUCAGGUAGUAUCCAGAAAGCUGGCACUGAAUCCCAAUCCCCAUGUACAUUGGGGUGGGGUGGUUUUUUUUCUUUUCUUUUGGGGGAGGGAAGGGGGAAAAAAGAAGGGAAGUGAUAGGACUAGUAGCUUGGGUUAGGGUUGGAUUAUGUUUACACUUUUGCAGGAUCGGUUGCGUC